AUGGGCUGCGGGAACUCGGGCAGAGGCCCUGCAGGAGCAGCCAAAGAUGUAACAGAAGAAUCCAUAACAGAAGAUGACAAGAGGAGAAACUAAGGAGGAGUAUAUGUUGGCCUACCAUCUGAGGCUGUCAAUAUGGUGUCCAGUCAAACAAAGACGGUUCGGAAAAAUUAGAAGAAAAUAACAUCAUGACUCAAGAAUCAAGAGCAUGCUCAUCAAUUUGGAAGGAAUUUGGCUCUGUGGGACAUUGUACUGUGCACAGACAUUUCCAAGGAAAUUCUAAACAGUCACCCUUCCCUCUUGCAUUUCCCCAAAUCUUAAGCGUAUACAUAAAACCCUGGGUACAUAUUGUUGUGGUAAUAGAAGGGAAUUGGUUAAACAGUACACUUUAUGGAACUUUCUGUGGCCACCUACGAAAGACAAGUUAACAAACUGUCAUGGAGGCUGCUGUUGCCUAGCCAGGGCUGCUGCAUUUUGACAUUUCCACCGUGGCCACUCAACACAUUUCAUGGAGGUCAUGUCUUUUCACUGACGCUUUUUGAUAGUUUUUAUAUAACAAAAUCCUUAUUCUAUUUAUAACUUAAGAUGAUAAGGCACUAUAAAUGAAUGACCUAAAAUAAUAUAUUUGUCUGUUAUCUUUCGCUAUUUCUACUUCACUUUAAUUUUUAGCUGUAAAAUUGGUAAAUGGAUUCUUACAACUCUCUCUUUCUGUUUUUCACUGUUUGGUUUUCAAAUUUCAUUUAAAUGUCAGAAUUUCCUUUUUAGGAACAAUGUGUAUUUCAUUGCAAUAUUUAAAAAUAAACUCAAAUUUGCAUGCCAUA